AAUCCCCAGCCAGGAACAGAUGCAGCUGCAGCUCCGCGAGAGAAAGAGAGAGGCAGAGAGGGAGGAAGAGAGUUUGAAGACACUGCAGAGGGAGUGCAGCUAUGGGGAACACACAGGACAAACCCCCGGGAAGUGGAGGAGGAGGGGGAGGCAGAUCGCAGCAGACAACAGCAGGGAGCGGGACCAGAAACCGUGGUGAAGGCGGCGUGGGAAAACCCCAGGCUCAGAGAGCUCCAGAGAAGAGAUUUACAAAUGGCACUCGGAGAGAAAACAGCACCGUGGGUGGACAAGAGGAGCAGGGCAGCCCUGCAGUGGACACAAGUUACCUGGAUGCCCCUGCUGGGGCCCUUCCUCCUCACCUGGCCCGGAUGAAGAAUGAAGGGAACCACCUCUUUAAACAUGGACAGUUUGGGGAUGCCUUAGAGAAGUACACACAGUCAAUAGAUGGGUGUGCUGAAGCAGGUAUCGACAGUCCAGCAGACCUGUGUAUCCUUUACUCUAACAGAGCAGCCUGUUACCUGAAGGAUGGAAACAGCACAAACUGCAUACAGGACUGCAACAAGGCUUUGGAGCUGCAGCCCUACUCCUUGAAGCCCCUGCUGCGCAGAGCGAUGGCUUAUGAGUCACUGGAGCGCUACAGAAAGGCCUACGUGGAUUAUAAGACUAUCCUGCAGAUAGACACCAGCGUGCAGGCGGCUAAUGACAGUGUCCACAGGAUCACCAAGAUGCUAAUUGAGCAGGAUGGACCUGGUUGGAGAGAGAACCUCCCAGAGAUUCCUGUGGUCCCUCUGUCUGUACAGCAGCAACACAGAGACAAACCGGUCAGCGCUGAAGUGGCUCAGGCCCGGGCCGCCAGGGCUACUCAGGACGAAGCCAGGAGGAAAGAGGCCCGCUUUACUUUACUGAAACGGGAAGGGAAUGACCUGGUCAAGACAGGGCAGUACCAGGAGGCUCUGGAGAAGUACAGCGAAUGUCUCACCCUAAAACCUGAUGAGUGUUCCCUCUACACCAACAGAGCCAUCUGUCUGCUGAAACUGAGUCGCUUUGCAGAGGCCAAACAGGACUGUGAUUCUGCUCUGCAGCUGGAGCCGAGCAACAAGAAAGCCUUCUACAGACGAGCCCUGGCUCAUAAAGGUUUACAGGACUACCUGUCAGCCAGCAGUGACCUGCAGGAAGUCCUCCAGCUGGACCCAAAAGUCCGGGAGGCGGAGCAGGAGCUGGAGGUGGUGACGGGCAUGCUGAGACAGAGUCUGAUGGACAGCACUGCAAACACACCACGGGUAAGGAUGGAAUUAUUCACCCACAUGAAAACAUCUGCGAGACCACAUUCUUUAAGGGAGUGAACAUGUUGGUGAAUAUUUAUCAAAUAGUUUUCUGUGUUGACAGGAAAAGGUUACAUUUAUCUUCUUAUGAUUAUCAUUGGACAUGUCUGGUUUUUAAGAGGCAGAAAAUACAAGUAAAGUAUAUUUGUUGGAUUAUACUUUACUAUAUGUUGUAGAGAAUAUAUGUUACUGGUUCAAAACCUUUUUUGGCUCGUGACCCUACUUUUACUUCUAAAAAAUCUGGCGACCCUAGACGUCCAAAACAGAUACAGCAUUUUGCGCAAAUUAAUUUGUUUUUAAUCAUGUCAUUGUUUUUUCUAGUGUGUUGCAAGUAAACAUUCAAUUUAGACCAUGUUUAGGCUUUUUCAAGUAUAUUAUUAUGGACAGAGGAAGAAAGGCUGGGAUGACAUUUCUGCACAAUGGAUGACAGACACACAGAUACUCUGCAAGUUUCUUUUUUUGGCAUUGGCUAUGGCCCACAGCAGCCUGUGUCCAUUUUAUUUAAUUAUACAUUUAUGUUAUUGAUCAAUAAAUACACAUUUCAGGUGGCCCCAUUUCAUUUACAUGUGACCCCAUUUUUUUGGGACCCCAAGGUUGGGAAAGCCUGGCGUAUGCGUUAACAGAACUUUUUUCUUUUUCUUUUCCAAAAAAUGCUCAAGCUGAAAUCCCUCUUCUCAAUCAGCUUAUUUAUGUGUAGGGAAAUCAAACACUGAAGACAAUGAAUGAGCACAACCGAUAAUGUUAGAAAAAUAAGAUGUAAAAUGCUUAUUGUGCAAUAAUACUGGAAUAAAAACAGGCUGACUUCCUGCAGGUUUGAAGUGGAGUUGUUUGUGGAGCCAUACAGGAGCAGAGUGAGGCGACAGGUGUGGACACAAUAGUACUGUAGCAGUAAUGGAGGAAAAGGACUCUUGAAGCCAUCAUCUGCCAUAAGUAUGACCUGUAAAGAUGAAAAUGACAGGCAUUAACGUCCUGGGACAGCUUCUCAGACAACCAGCUCUGCACCAUCCGCGGUGUGUGCACACACCACACCAUAACUCCCUGAGUACACAACCUUACAUAAUGGGCAGCUUUUAUUUGAAGAGGCUAAUGUCAAGGUACUCGUGGCCUGCUUGCACUGAAAGUCAUUCACAUUAUGAUGUAAUGUACUGUGAAUACAGAUUCUUGUAACAAACCGCAGAGCUCUGUCAAAUGGUGGAGUAACACCAGGAAAGCAAGAGCGAGUUACGUGUGCCUUAUUAAGAUUUCUAUCUGAGUAAAGGAUACAACAAAAAAAAAAACCCCGCCAAGAAUCAAAGUCUUUUCUGAAUUUGUUUGAAGAGGUUGGGUUUGGUUCACUGAGCUCAUAAUAAAAGCACUGUCAGAAACAGCUUCAGCUUCACUGGAUGGUCGAUGAGAAAUUCAAACGGUUCAAAAGAUCCAUUACAAUCUUUAUCUAUCCAGAGGUUCUGCUUUUACAGUUAUUUACAGUUUAUGUUUAAUUAUUUUUAAAAAAUCCUUUUUUCAAACGUAGGGAAGCCAAGAACGACCAUGUCUUAAUUUAUCCCAGGUGGACAAAGCUAGUUUCCUUGUGACAACGGGUUCAUUUGAAUUGUUAUUGUAAGAAAACAAGACAAUGUUUCUCUGAAAAAAAACAAUAAAUAAAAACGUUUUCUUGCCGUCCUUGGAUAACCAUGGAGGACUUGUUAUACACUACAUUUGAGCACACCUGAUUGGCUGUUUGUAAAGAUUCAUAACUGAACUGUAUGUCCAGGAAUACAUUUUCAGAUCUUUUGGUUUCAUUUUCAUCUUUUGAGCAGACAGUUUUAUUUAUAUUAGCUGAAGAAAUGAGCUGCUACAGUUCUCAAGGCGCCACCUCUGCAUGCUGACAUGCUGCUUCUGAUAUCUGAUAAACAUUAAAGGUAAUAUGGGGAAAACAACCUAUAGUUUUCUCCUUAGAAUUGGUUGAUAAUCUGGUUAUUUUAAAACACACAGCUUGAGCUCAAGACGUCAUGCUUUUAACAUUAAGGCAUAAAAGAAUAAUAUUAAGCAUGGCUGUUCUCAGUUUCCAUCAAAUUGACGUGUUCUGACGUGACUAUAAUCAAAGAUGUAAAAAUAAGAAUUUCCCAAAGGUAAAAUAUCAACAGCACGCACAUUCAAAAACUUAAGUACUGGGUGCUGAACAAAAACAUGUGCAAAGGUAGAAAAAAUAGUCCGCACACCAGAAGCUGCUCCAAUUAAAUUAAAUUUAAUGGACAAAUUACCACCUGUAAAGUUUCAGGCCCUCACCCAUCAUCAGACAUGAACAUGGUGGUCAUUUUUCCAUUCGAUUUAAUUUAAUUGGAGCAGCUUCUGGCGUGCCGACUAUUUUUUUCUACCUUAAAAUAUCCCAAAAAUCCCGAGCUCAGAAGACAUCUUUAAUUAUAAAUGGUCACUUCCUUGUUUUUGAAGCUGCUGAAUUUAGCAUUACAUGUUACUUCAUCAUGUACUGUAAGACUUCAUGUAGGUCUCAGGUUCCACCUCGAAUGUAACCAGAGGACUGUACGUCUUUGUUUGUGAAUAGGUGUACAGUAUUUUAUUUUUUGGGAAGUCUCUUCAAAACUCUGCUUGAUUUUCUCAAGGCAUCUCUUGUGAAUUUUUUUCUGUUACUAAGAACACAUCACCCUCAUUUUUUAACAUCAUAAAUCCAACUUUUACCGCUUGGUUCUCUCAGUAGAAAAAAACACAUUUCAGACUGGUUUGAAAAAUAAUAAGGGACAAAUAGACUUUCCUGGAAUCAAUCAUUUACAGCAGGGGCCAUCCACUACAAGUGUUCAAGGGCCAGCUGUUUUCUUGACAGACACUGUGGGGGCCGGACUUUCAAAUAUUCUUGCACAUAAGUCUGACAGCUGUCAACCCGAUGUGAAGACGUUGGUCAGAGGGGAAAUUUAAUUUCUUCCAUUAACCUAAUCUGAGUAUUUCAGCCUUGUGAUUUUAUUUUUUAUGUUUAUAGUUUUAUCACCCGAGAUUAUUUAUAUUCUGGGGGCCGGAUGGAAGCUUUUUUUUGGGGGGGGGGGGGGGGGGGGAAAUCAACUGGCCGCCAGUUGAAGAUCACUGAUUUACACUAAUAAUUAAUUUAUUAAUCAAAAUCACUGAAAAGAACUUUGUCUAUGUUCAGGGCCUUUUAUAUUGUACUUGAACUUACCCUUAUGCGUUAGCUACCCCCUGCUAGCCUUUCACUAUGAUGUUAAUCUUUAAACAGCACAAUGUGCCACAACCUUUAUUUCAUGAAGUAUAAUGUUUUAAAACCGAUAUCAUGAACCCUUUCUCAUAGAUUUUCUUGUGUUUUCCAAAUCAAAGCAAUGUUUUAAGCUGAAUGAAAACGCUUGACAUGAGGUUUGAAGUGCGACUUCAUGGAAUGUAAAGAGCAUGUAACGUAUGUAAAUAGUUGGAAUGCAAAUGUAAAUAAUAAAACCGCUAUGUGGUUGCUUUACUGA